AUGUCCAAAGAGAUCUUCAGGCAGCCUGCCGCAGAGCAAUCUGGAUUCCUACAGGUCUCGACACCUGCAACUUCCGGCCGCACGGGGGUAACACGCCCAAGCUCACUCCGUGGUACUCAGGGCAGCGGCAGUGAUGUCGUUCGGGACAUCCAGAUGUCGCCUCCAACAUCCGGCAGAGUUGGAGUGUCUACGCCAUCAUCAACAAGGGCAAGCGUCACACGCCCUGGGUCGGCCCGCACAGGGGCCAGUCCACAGGACAUUAUCCGGGACCCCCAGGUGUGGGGGCCAUCUUUCGCAAGGGUUGCGGUCUCCAAUUCUCCUACGCCCUGCAUUGUGAGCUCGUCCGGUGGUGUUGCUGCGCACUAUGUGGUCGCGUACCCCUACCCAUCUCACCAUGCUCGCUAUGUCAAGGUGCUUCGCCCCAUGGUGCUGCUUGGACGGCUGAAUCGCAUUGCUUGA